AUGUAUACACAUAAUGUGGCAGAUGGUUUCGAUAUGGUCAGUUUUUUUUAAAUAAAACGUUGCUCGGAGAUUAUCUGUAAUAUAUUUUGAAACGAUUCAGAAAAAUAAGAAAACGUAUACCUGUAAAUAUUGGGAUCCUUGAAAAUUUUGCAAGUCAAGAGAGCUGAAACAUUCAAAUUUAUAUUUCAUGACCUGAAACUGGAACAAUGCUUUUUUCAGGGCUCCGCGGAGAGUUCAAUAUCUUCGCUCAAUGAAAUUCCGAUGGAAAUGGACUUGACUGCUUCUGGACCACCUUUAUCAGACGAUGAAACGGAAAUGGAAACCAGAGAGCGAAAAUAUAUUACAGUAGGUUCAUUGUUUUCUGAAAUAUUUCAAAAACUCUUUAUAUUUUCAGUAUGCUAAACGUAUUUUGCCGCAUGUCGGAUUAGUUUUACUUCUGUUUGUAUAUCUGUUUGUUGGAGCUACUAUUUUUCAUGCAAUAGAAGGGCCAAAUGAGCUUUUGGUAUGUUUGAAAAUCAAACAAUUUUAGGGAAACAGUAUUGUCAUGUUAUAGGCAAGAGAAGCGGAAUUGACAAAGAUUUUUGGAUUACGAGAUGAAUUUCAAGAUCAUAUUUGGAAUAUAACUCAAGAUGUUGAUAAUCGUAUAUCUAGAGAAGCUUUCAAUUCAAUCAAUCAAGAAUAUUAUGAACAACUGGUUAAAAGUAUUUGGAUAUCAUAUCGAAAUCAGUAUAUUAAUGAACACCAUUUGCUAAACAAUACAGCAAAAGCAGGGUUGUUAUGGACAUAUCCGAACUCAAUGUUCUUUGCGGCCACUGUUAUUACUACAAUUGGUUUGAUUAAUGAAACACUUGCUAAUAAUAAUACAUAUUAUUUUAUCAGGUUACGGUAAUUUGGUGCCGACAACAACAUCUGGUAGAGUUGCAUGUAUUAUUUUUGCACUUUUCGGUAUUCCACUUUUACUUGUGACGAUUGCUGAUAUCGGAAAAUUUCUCUCCGAAUUUCUUAGUUUUCUUUAUCGAUCUUAUAGAGCAUUCAAGAGAAAAGUGAGUUUGAAAUGAUGUUAUUGUUAUGAUAUAUGUAGACUACGAUUUUAUUUAUUUAAAUAUACAAAAUAAUAAAUAAAGUUCAGUUAAUAGCAAGACGACGAAGUAGUGUUGCCCACGCGGUAAAUUAUUUGAAUGCCAUUUUUUGAAUACUAACUGCUUUUUUAAAAUUUGCGAUUUUUCUCAUUCACGCAAAGCAGCACACACCACACACUAAUUUUUGACAAGGGAAAUUUUAAUUUUUUUUGAAUUAUGAAGUCUCAAGAAAUCGAAAUCAAUCAACAAUUUUAUAUGAAACCGAAAAAUUAAAAUUUCCUUUGUUAACCAAUCUUAUUACUAAUAUCGAACAAAUAUUCAGCUUCGAAGACAAUCAAGAAAAAUUGCGACUCAAUAUAGAUCACAUUCUCAAUCAAGGUCUAGCAGUGUUAUGGGGUCCUCAAAGGUGAAACACAUUAGUGAUUGUGAAAACUUUGUUUUAAAUUCUGCUUUUUGAUUUAGGCUGGCUCUUUGAAUUUACAUGAUAUGGAUACAGAAUCUGAAGAUUCAAUAGAAGACGAACUUCGAAUUCCAGUUUUCAUGGUUUUGUUUGUCUUAUUAGCUUAUACUGCAAUUGGUGGAUUUUUAUUUCAAGUAAGACAAAGAAACAAUGAAUUUUAUGUAUGUAUUUCACAAACAAACAUUUUUUCUAGUCUUGGGAAGGAUUGCCGUAUUUUGAAGCAUUUUAUUUUUGUUUUAUUACAAUGGCAACUGUUGGAUUUGGUGAUAUUGUUCCUACUGAACAAGUCUAUAUGUUUUUCACCAUGGCUUAUAUUAUAUUUGGUUUAUCUUUAGCGACAAUGUGUAUUGAUUUGGCUGGUACAGAAUAUAUUCGGAAAAUUCACUAUCUUGGAAGUAAAAUGGAAGAUGCCAAAGGAGCAGUGAUGACGUAAGGGAUUUUGCAAAAAUGGACCGUGAACAUCUUGAAAACCCCCAAUUUUUUAAAAAUUUCAGAGGAUUACAAGUCGGAGAGCAUAUUUUGAAACACACAGGAAUUGAAGUUAUCAAAACUGCCGGUGGAAAACUUGUACAAGUUCGAGGAGCAGUUCUAAACUCGAAGCAAGCAAGAGAACUUGGAGUUGAAUAUAUUCUUGCUGAUCUACAAUAUCAUCACAAAAAUAUCCUUUAUGAGCCAUUGAGUCCGAAUGUAGCAAAACUGGUCAAAGAGCAGAAUAUCAAAAUUCUUCCUGAUGAUAUUACCGAAAAAGAUGGAUAUAUUGUGCAAAAUAAAAGUUAUGAUCGACCUUCGGAAGGAGAUAGAGGAUUUGUUAGGAUUAAUGGAAAUAUUAUUCGAAGGAUAAUGGUGCCAUCAAAAGGAAAUCAAUCGAUAAUAGUGCCAUGUCUUGUAUUAAAAGAAACCGAUAUCUAG